AUGCUGGCGCCCGUGGCGAUGCGCGCCGUGGAGGACGACGGCACGCUGCCGCGAUACUCGCAGGACGAGCUGCGGCGGAUGACGGGCGACUGGCGCACCAAGCUGGGGGAAGGCGGCUUCGGCGCCGUCUACAAGGGCAUGCUGCUGCUGCCGCACGGGGGAGCGCGCGGGGGAGGGUACGGGGAAGGGGUCGGGGGAGGGUACGGGGAAGGGGUCGGGGGAGGGUGGGGCGAACGGGACCAUGAGGAAGAGGUGCAAGGGGGGAUGGGGCCCGGGAUCAAUGAUGAUUUGGAAGUGGUGCAAGUGGGUGGGAAGGAGUUUGUUCCGGUGGCGGUGAAGAUGUGCUUGACUGACAAUGCGGAGGGAGGGGCAAGAGAGCAGUUGCUGACGGAGGUCAUGAUGAUGACAGCGCUGCACCAUCCCAACAUUCUGCGCCUGCUGGGAGUGGCCGUGAUGGGGCAAACCCUUGCCAUGGUCUCUGAGUUCGUCCCGGGGGGGGAUGUUUCCCAGCGGUUGAAGAAAGCAAGGAGUGACACAGAGCCCUUCCCUUGGAAGGACCGGCUGCGCAUCGCCAGAGGGAGUCUUGAGGGGCUGGCGGCCAUUCACAGGGAGGGAUUCAUCCACCGCGACUUCAAGUCCGCCAAUGUGCUUCUAACGAAGACGCUCGUUCCCAAGGUGGCUGAUUUCGGAUUGGCCAAGGCAUGCCAGGACAAGACACAUGUCACGACGCGAGUGGCUGGAUCAUGGGGCUACAUGGACCCAGACUAUUUUGAGAGAGGAAUCUUAUCAUCGCAUUGCGACACCUACGCCUUUGGCGUUUUCCUGCUAGAGCUCGUCACCGGGCGCGGUGUGCUGGAUGAAUCAUUUCAAAUGAAAAGGAGACAUUUGCGGAAUCUUGCGUUCGCAGAUUACGCCGAGCUGUUCGACAAAAAGCUGGAGGGGCAAUGGACGGAGGAGCAGGCGGAGGUUCUGGUGGGCAUGAUGCGAGAUGCGAUUCAGAGUGACUGGGCUCAUCGACCCACUACGGAUCAAUUGCUAGUGACAUGGAAUGAGCAUCUUUGUCUAGAGGAAUAG